UGUCAUGGGAGGGAGCCCUGUGCCCUGCUGAGGGUGUACUGCUCCACCCUCAAUUCCAUUUGAUCUGGAGUUGGGGUAGUGAGGCAAAGUCACCACAGAAAGUCCCAAAGAAACAACCCACAGGAGCUCACUUGAACAUUCUAAUAGCCAGUGUGGUGUUGUGGGGAGCUGGGGGUGGUGGAAUGAGGUCUAUCUUGGGAAGAGUAGAUCAGAGCAAGACAGGGUCACUCUCUCCAGCCUCUAUUCAGUUGCUAGAAGGUGCACAGGGGUGAGGUAUCUGCAGAACAUCAUGAGCGAUACUUGCAAACAUUGAAUGCAUUCUUUGGUUUCAUUUCUUCAUUUCUUCCCUCUUGACUCUGUUUCACUCCAUUGCUCCAUUCCAUAAGCAACUAAUGAUGUGUCUAUUCCUGUUUCUGUGCAUGCUUGUUAAGUAAAAGAAUUAGAAAGUUCAGGUUCUAGUCUGGACCCUGUUAUAACUUGCCGUGUGACCCUAGGCUAGUUUCCUCACCUUCUUGGGCUGCAGUUUCUCACUAUAAAGAAAUCUGUUCUUGGGGCUCUUCUACCCCCUGCAUUUCUAUGAGCCAUGAUCAGGAAGAGGGAAAUAGGGAGAAAGACAGAGAUACCUGCAGCACUGCUUCACCGCUUGCAAAGCUUUCCUCCUGCUGGUGGGGACCGGGGGCUUAAACCCGGCUCCUUGUGCAUUGUAACAUGUGCUCUCAACCAGAUACACCAGCACCCAGCCCCCAGCAGAAUGAAUUGAUGAUUAUCGCAUCACUGGUACCAACACAGGGCUUACUAUGCCUGUACAGCACUAGGCCUUGUUCCCAGUUUAUUCAAUUGGAUUUAAUUUGCUUUGGGCAGGUAAUGGCUCUUUCUUUUUACUCCCCACAGAAAAGGAGUGAUUGAUUUUCUUUGUUUUUGGAAACUGUGCCUACCACAUUGCUGCAUUAGACACCAAGGUUCCCUGAUGGACGACGAAAGCCAACUGACCCAUCCCCAAGACCAGAGCUGCUGGGCCACCCUGCCUGACGUGUGCCUGCGCCGAGUCUUCUGGUGGCUGGGAGAUAGGGACAGGUCCAGGGCAGCCCUUGUCUGCAGGAAGUGGAACCAGAUGAUGUACUCGGCUGACCUCUGGCGAUACAGGACCAUCAUUUUCAGUGGGCGACCUUUUAGGGUCCAGGCAUCUGAAUUCGAGUCUGCUCUCUGGUAUGUUAAGAAAUUUGGUUGCUAUCUGGAGCACCUGGAGAUCAAAUUCCUCAAUCCUUAUAACGCUGUCUUGACCAAGAAGUUCCAGGUCACUAUGCGGGGUCUGCUGUCAUGCCUGGGCAAGAGUAACAACCGGCUGAAGUCUCUGUCCAUCCAGCACUUGGAGCUGGACCGCCUGGUCUGGAGAAACAGCAUCCGGAGCUCAUUUAUCAAGAGCUUGAGCUUCUUCUUGAAGAAAAUGAGCAAACACUUGGAAUAUCUCAACCUGAAAGGGGCCAGGCUGACUGUGGACCAGGGCUGCAAUGUUCUCAAUUCCCUGAGCUACUUAAGGAAUGAGAGUAUGCUCUCAGAGCUUAACAUCGAGGACUUCUUCAGCCACCACCUGGCUGUCUACAGCAGCCCCCAGUUCAACAAGACCAUGGCCACCUUCCACAACCUGGUGUCUCUGACUCUCAAUUACAACUGCAUCUCUGACGAGCUGCUUGAGAACUUGAGUGAGAACAAUGGCAGCACCCUCUGGACUAUCAACAUCAAGUGCCACAUUCAUGACCCCCACGGGCAGGUCAUCUGGGGCAUGUCCUGGGCCAAGUUGGCCAAGCAUGCCACCAACCUGAAGGUGAACUUCUUCUUUGAGCGGGUCAUGAAGUAUGAGCGCUUGGCUCGGAUCCUCUUGCAGGAGAUCCCCAUCAGAAGCAUCAGUCUAAGAAGCUGUUAUUUCAGUGACCCGGACUGGUCCAUGAGGCCCACGCUGACAGAUCUCCUGCCCACCUUCCGAAACACCCUGCAGAAAUUGACGUUUGAGUUCAACAAUAACCAUGAGGCCCUUGAUGAGGAGCUACACCUGCUCAUCUUAUCCUGCAGGAAGUUGUUUUACUUCAAAAUCUGGGCUUUCCUUGAUGUUAAGUUCGUGGAGAGGAUCUUGAAGAGCCAGGAGGAAGGGCAGUGUACCCUGCGUACACUCAAGGUGAGAAUUUAUACAAACAGAUAUGAAACAAAUGAAGAGGACAGGACACUGCGGGAAAUUUACCGGAAGUACAGAAAGCUGAUCGAUUCAGAACUUAACUAUUUUGUCAUCGCUUACCCCAUGAUGUAACGAGAGUGCUCUCCCAAGGAAGAAAGCCAGAAGCACCUUGCAUUUGAAGAUGCUGGUUGGGGAAUUAGCCUUGGGGUGUCCCCCACCCCCUAUCCCUUUUUCUUCUCUCUCCUCACAGUCAGCUCUACACCAGGAUGAACACCCAGCCAAGGCUGGGGCCGCUGGUGAAGUGAUGACCCCAGGUACUUUAAAGUGCUAUGUUUACCAGC